AUGAGGAUCCUGUUGAGCGAGCUAGGACUAUCUGGCGCGUGCCUCGGUCUGACCCUGGAGCCGCGCGCCGCCGCUGAGGACAACAAGCCAGCGCCAGGGCCGAGCGCAAUAGAGUCGCGCUCGCCAAGCGGUUUUUCGCCAAACUCUUCCAGCAUGCUACUGCUGCAAACACAAAGCAACUACAGUUCGUCCUUUGCUGAUCUUCUGUCAUCGCAGUACCAAGAAGAUUCCUCCGAAAUCUUAGACGAGAAUUUAGACCCCUUUCCGGACGUCGAAUUCCAUGCGCCAAUACCACCGGAAAUAAAAUCGCACCGGACAACACCUGUGAGCGAAACUCCAUCGCCAACACCCGGUCCGGCAUUACCGAGCUUCGAAGAGACUUAUUCAGUCCGAUAUCCGAAGCAGGAAAUGGCGGAAUUCGGAAUAAAAAUGGACGAAGACUAUUAUAAUGUCGGGCCCUACUCGCAUCAAGGCCAUGCAUCUACUCAGUUACUUUAUCAAUAUCAUCAACCUUCAUUACCGUACGUACCGACACCGUACUAUGCCCCGGCUCAACCCUCGAGUCCAACGUUUGACACUGGGGGCGUAACUCCCACGACGGAUUCGUAUUCUUUGCCUCCAUUUCCAAGUUCUGUAGACUUACAUAUAACAACAGAUCAAAUUUCAAGACAACGGCGAGCGUCCCUGCCUGUUCAAAGAUCUGAAUCUAGCAGUUCUAGUGAGAGUCCAAAGCUUCAUGGUGGGAGAGUUCACUGCAUGCAAGCAUCGGCGCCAAGUUCAGCUGCUAGUUCACCAGGCGGAGUGCCUCAAGACAGUGUUAUAUCUCGUGCCGCUCCACAAUCUCCCAGUCAACUGUGUGCCGUUUGUGGGGAUACAGCGGCUUGCCAACAUUAUGGAGUACGGACGUGUGAAGGUUGCAAGGGAUUUUUUAAGAGAACAGUACAAAAAGGAUCAAAAUAUGUAUGCCUAGCUGAAAAAUCAUGUCCAGUUGAUAAAAGACGGCGCAAUCGAUGCCAAUUCUGUCGUUUUCAAAAAUGUCUCGCCGUUGGCAUGGUGAAAGAAGUGGUCAGAACCGACUCCCUGAAAGGUAGACGAGGCCGUUUGCCGUCAAAACCUAAAUGUCCACAAGAAUCUCCCCCUAGUCCACCGAUAUCAUUGAUAACGGCGCUCGUUCGGGCACAUGUCGAUACAUCACCGGAUUUUUCAAACUUGGAUUAUUCUCAAUACAGAGAGCCAAAUCCAAUGGAGCCACCGAUAUCAGAUUUGGAAGUGAUUCAACAAUUUUAUUCUCUGCUCACAACAUCUGUAGACAUGAUAAAGGUAUUCGCGGAAAAAGUCCCCGGCUAUGGCGAGCUCUGCCCCGAAGAUAGGGAACAGUUAUUUGCAUCCGCCCGCCUCGAACUAUUUGUAUUACGGCUGGCGUACCGCACUCGUCCCGAAGAUACGAAGCUAACUUUCUGUAAUGGACUCGUGCUUGAUAAGCGCCAAUGUCAGCGAUCUUUCGGAGAUUGGCUCCAUGCAGUACUUGACUUCAGUAAUACCUUACAUUCAAUGGACAUCGAUAUUUCCACAUUUGCUUGUCUCUGCGCUUUAACGCUUAUAACAGAGCGGCACGGUCUGAAGGAGCCACAUCGUGUGGAACAAUUACAAAUGAAGAUAAUUGGGUGUCUACGUGCGCACAUGCCAGGCGGUCCUGGAGUCGGUGGUGCUGGCGCUCCGCAUUUCAGUCGCGUCCUUGGAGCUUUACCAGAGCUUCGAUCCCUCUCCGUGCAAGGGCUUCAACGCAUCUUCUACUUAAAAUUGGAAGACCUAGUCCCCGCACCUCCUCUCAUUGAGAACAUGUUUCGUGCAAGCUUACCGUUCUAA